AUGUUGAGAUUACUUGCAAGCAGAAGCUACACAUUCAAAUUACAAAAGCGAUUUUAUUCAGAGCUACCUUACAACAGGAUACAUGUACCCGUUAUGCUAUCCGAAGUGAUGCAGCAUUUACAACCAAAGGACAACGAGAUCUAUUGUGAUUUGACGUUUGGAGAUGGUGGAUAUACAAAGGCAUUACUUGAUCAUUGUAAUUGUAAAGUGAUUGCAGUGGAUCAAGAUCCAACUGCAUACGAAAAGGCUCUCAAGCUAUCACAACUAGAUAAAUACAAGACCAGGCUAAUCCCUGUUCUAGGGAGAUUUGGCUCUAUUUAUGAUUACUGCAAAUCUCAUUUUGAUAGAAUCCCUUGUUUUGAUGGUAUUGUUAUGGAUAUCGGUGUUUCCAGUGGGCAAUUAGAGUCACCAGAGAGAGGAUUUUCCUACAAGUUAGACGGACCACUAGAUAUGCGUAUGUUUUCUAGAGGUAGAAACAGUACUGAUGCACCAGUUCAUGAGGAUGAAACGGCUCUUUUGAAAAAAUCAGUCUCUGCCUAUGAAAUUGUCAAUUAUUUUUCUAGAGAGGAAAUAGCAGACAUCAUAUAUCAAUACGGUGGAGACAGACUAUCUCGAAAGAUUGCUUCUGCUAUUAUAACAGCAAGGCAAAAGGGACCUAUUGAAACUACUUCUGCACUUGCAGCUAUUAUUCACAAGGCGUGUCCUCAACCAAAAUGGCAACGGGGUAAUGAUGACAUGCUAAGAAACUCUGCUGCCCGUACCUUUCAAGCAUUUCGUAUAUACAUCAAUAACGAGCUGGGUGAGCUUGAAAGUGCUUUAAAAGCAAGUGAAUAUUUGCUCAAAUCAGAAGGUCGACUGGCCAUUGUGACCUUCCAUUCCUUAGAAGAUAGAAUGGCUAAGCGUUUCUUAUAUCACUGCUCAGGGAAGAGAUCCCUGGCUGAUUCACAGCAUAACCAAUUUGAUCUUAAAAGAGCAGUUCAUAGAGAACGAAGAAAGGCGAUGAAAUAUACCAGUGAUGAUGAUGUUGAUGAUACGUUAUUUAGACAGCCCUCUGUAAAAGCAGAAAGUGUAUCGCCUUCUUUUGAAAUAUGCACCAAACAUGUUAUACAACCAUCAGAGGAGGAACUCGAAAAUAAUGCCAGAUGCAGAUCAGCUAAACUUAGAGUAGCAAAACGCACGAACGCAUCGCCAUUAGCACCUUUUGGACAAUUAUCAUAG